GAGAAGAAAGGUUGGGAAAAGCCAAGCGCCCUCGAUGCUGUGUUGCUGGCGCUGGUGGAUCCUCAGUGGUCCACUCAGGAAAGGCUGCAAGGAGAUGCUCUAAUUCUCCUCUUCCCAAUACAGGGCUCCUGGUAGCGAGAGGAGAGGAAAUGCCUUCGCUUUGAGGCACUGGAGAUCUUGCCCAUGUGCUGCAAUAAGCACUUAAAGGAAGCAUUUUCUGCUGCUUUCCUGUGUUUUCCCUCUGGGUUUGUGCCCGUUGGACCUGGCUCGUGGGCUGGGGCUGCUCUGAGGUGCAGGGUCUGAGCCCAGCCUGGCUCCUGUCCCAAACGAGCCGGGUGCUUUGUGCCAAGUCACGCUCAGGGCAGCGUCACUCGGGCCUCCCUGGUGCGGUUGAAGAGGGCAUUUCCUCUGCAGGGAAUAGGGAGAGGGAGAAAACGAAAGCUGUGCCUGGUGUCCCUGGGUGGGAGGUGCUUUGGAGGAAGGCGAAAGUGCUGCUUUCCCCAGGCAGUGAAUUCCCCCCUUGCCGGUGCUGGGAUCGCACCGGGGCAAUGCCUUACUCCAAGAAUAAUCCCGCUCAGCAGCUGCCUUGAAGUGCUCGGGAGCUGAUAAAACACUGGGAGAGCUUUGAAGCGUGGCCAAGGUCACCCCAUGCGUUUUGGGGCAGAGUGGAAUCCGAAGCUGCAGGAUUUGGGUCCUGCGAUGGGCGCUCGCUGCCGCUCUGUCCCUGCGGGAAAGACCAGGAUGCAGAGCUUGCAGCCGGACCCCAAAGCCCAGUACAGGGGUGUGUAUGAAGCGCUGAAGAAGAUUGUCCUGACGGAGGGUUUCUGGAGGCCUUUACGUGGGAUCAAUGUCACCAUGCUGGGGGCUGGCCCUGCCCAUGCCAUGUACUUUGCCUGCUAUGAAAAGAUGAAAAAGUCUCUAAGUGACACUUUCCAGCAUGGAGGAAACAGCCACUUGGCCAAUGGUAUAGCUGGGAGCGUGGCCACGCUACUCCACGACGCAGUGAUGAAUCCUGCUGAAGUGGUGAAGCAGCGGAUGCAGAUGUUCAACUCCCCUUACAAGUCCGUCCUGGCGUGCAUAAGGACAGUGCAGAAGACGGAAGGGUUCGGUGCCUUCUACCGCAGCUACACCACGCAGCUCACCAUGAACGUGCCCUUCCAGGCCAUUCACUUCAUCACCUACGAGUUCAUGCAGGAGCACAUCAACCCGCACAGGGAGUACAACCCGCGGUCCCACAUCGUCUCCGGUGCCAUCGCGGGGGCCGUGGCCGCCGCCGCCACCACUCCUCUGGAUGUCUGCAAGACCCUGCUCAACACCCAGGAGAACAUGGCCUUGAGCUCUGUGAACAUCAGCGGGCACCUCACGGGCAUGGUGAAUGCCUUCAAGACUGUCUAUCAGCUGGGGGGUAUCUCGGGGUGUUUCAGGGGGGUACAGGCACGUGUCAUUUACCAGAUGCCCUCCACAGCCAUUGCCUGGUCCGUGUACGAGUUCUUCAAGUACUUUCUCACAAAGCACAAGCUGGAGAAGAGAGCAUCCUAGUGAAGGACUGCCAGGGUGAACGCCAGCCCCUGUGUCCCCUCUGUGUGUGUGCGUGUGUGUGUGUGUGUACCUGCAAGCCAGCCAGCUCUGGGGCUCUGCUAAGGGAAGUACCAGGUUCGUGGUGGAAUCGCAGCUGACGUCCACUUCUCCCUUCCUCAGGGAUUCAAGUGCUCCUCAGCCACGUGUUCCCCUCCUUGCUCCAUGAAAAGAUUUAUAAAGACUCAUCAUAAUAAUAUAUAUAUUUAAUAACUUUAUUUUGGAGAAGUGAAAUUGCUGACUGAUAUUUUUCUCUCUGAAUAAGUAGAAGGUGCAGUUUACUCCUCACCGCAAAGCUUGGGUCGUAUAACCCAGGCUGGGGUGGUCGCUUUUUUUACAGCAAAGAAGCAAAAUAUCCUGUCACAGAGCUUACUUUUUUAUAUGAACAUGAAAUAGAUGGAUAAUGUUUAUCCUUUAUUUUUCUA